AUGAAUUUGUUCACCGCGGGUGCUCUAGGCUUUUCGGAUCCGUACUGCGUGUUGCUGUUUGGCAAGCAGAAGCAGCAGACACGCCACAUCCGCAAGACACUCAACCCGGCUUGGGGCGAACCCUUUCAGUUCGCCACGACCGCCGACCCGGGCCACCUCCAGGUUGUGGUGUGGGACAAGGACCGCCUCUGGCGUGACGUAUGGCCACUGCCCACAGCAAUCCUAGACUUCUUGGGCACUGUCACCAUCAGCCCCGAAUCCCUCAAGGGCAAACCCAAACUCGACCAAUGGUAUCAGCUCGGCCCGAGGCCCGGCCGGCCGAAGGAGGUCGUAUCCGGCGACAUCCGACUCAUCCUCACCCUGCGCCUCCCCGGUGACGAGAGCGGACCCGCGAGUGAAGCAGGCUCGGAUUCGGAAGACGAGCGCUCGGUGAAGUCCGACAGCAAGCCCUCGCCGACGUCCCGAUCGUCCGACAAGGGCGACGACAAGAAGAAGGAGAGGCCCAAGAGUGAGCGCGACGACAAGAAGAAAGAGUCUGAGGGCGAGGGCGAGAGCGACGAAAUGGCCCUGGUCAAUUCCUAUCUGCACGCCUCGCAGAACAUGAAAGAAACGAAGAAGCAGCCGAAGAAGACUGUCGAGAUCAAAGAGGAACCAAAGCCCAAGAAGGCGCUCAAGCGCAGCGAGCUGGCCACCGAGGCUGUCGUAAAGGAGCUCCAAAGCCUCUACCAAGACAACCCGGACUCCUGCGUCAAGAGUACUCCGCCUCUCUCGACAACCUCGGCACCUUCGCAUCUAAUACGAGGUUGUGUGGUGGUGGUGUACAUCGCAGAGAUCAAGUGGGACCGCUCCAACAAGACGGUGAGCGUCCAGCUCUCGAACGCGGAGCAUGGCACCGUGAACCUGUCCAUCUACCUCGCCGACGAUACCAACCCCGUCACCAUGCUCGAGAGCGUGUCAGGCCACGUCGACGAAAACAAAGUCGAGCUCGCGCCGAAGGGCACCGAGGCGGCGCCCGACGCCCACACGGAGAAGGUGGACACCAAGGGCAAGGGCAAGGUCGACGAUGGCGGCCUGCGCAAGUCCAAGCUGGGCCUCUCGCAAGCCUUGGGCAAGGCCUGGAGAACCGCCAGCGCUACUGUGCCGACGGAUGACGAAGACGAAGACGAAGACUACUACGACGACAGCGACUGUGGAAGCGACGACGAAUACGAUUGGGACAUGCCCGCGGAGGAGACAGUGCUCGAGAAGCACGUCAAACAGCUGCAGGUCGUGUUCGGCAGCGAGUGCGCAAGCGUGUGGCGCGAUCUGGGCGUGGUUCGCCUGUUCGUCGAUGCCCACUUUUUCGAGGAGAACGCCGCCGAGGCCAUGGGCGUUGAUCGCGAACAGCCCAUCACCGUCAUCAUCUCGUUCGGCGAGGGCUACCUCGAAAACGACACGGUGCCCAAGGUGGAGGUGAAGCAGUUGAAGAACCCCCGCUUCGCUCUCGAGUUCCAGCUCACCCAGAUUGCUCAGAAGUUCAUGAAGGAGAGUUGGCCGAAGCGUAAGAUGGGCGUCUCCCUGCCGUCGACCACCGAGAAGAAGGAGGUGGCCAAGAUGAAGCUCCGCACGAACGAUGUCGGCAACCUGGUGAAGCAGGGAUUCGAUCAGCUCGCUGCUGCCAAUGCCCUGGAAAUCACCGACAACGACUUUGCCAAGGCCAUCAAGCUCCUCAACUCGCAGGGCGGACACGUCGACAUUGCCGAGCUCAGCUCGUCCGAAGAGGCGAAGCACAACUUCCUGGGUUGGGUGAUGACCUACAUGCUCGGCCGUAUGCGCAACUGUACCUCGUAUUGCUUGAUCUGCGACGUGAAGCUCGAGGGUACCACCUUUUCCCUAUCCCUGUCCGACGAUGCAUCGCCAGGGAUCUGGUCUGACGCUCGUGCGUGCCCCUCCCCUCCGGGCAGGUAG